UUCUGAAAAGACUUGAAGAAAUUGACAAACCUGGAUGGCUACCCCUGACAGGAGAGUGGUGUCUAGACUCCAGAGACCUGGCCAGGGACCAAAGGGGAACAGGGCCUGCCUAGGGCCCCUGGACAACCUGGAGUGUAAGGAGACCCAGGAGCUGGCACCAGGAGAGCUGGCCAUGCUGAGGAAGGCACAGGAAUUCUUCCAGGCCUGUGAUGCGGAUGGCAAAGGCUUCAUCGCCAAGAGCGAUAUGCAGAGGCUCCAUGAGGAGUUGCCGCUCAGCCUGGAGGACCUGGAGGAUGUGUUUGAUGCCUUGGAUGCUGAUGGCAAUGGCUUCCUGACCCCAGAGGAGUUCACCACUGGAUUUAGUCACUUCUUCUUCAGCCAGAAUAAGCCAAGUCAGGAAGAUGCAGGUGAACAGGUGGCCCAGCUGCAGGAAGACAAGGUGUAUCAGUCCACAGGGGAAGAGGAUCUGGGUGACAUGGACGAAGAUGAGGAAGCCCAGUUCCAGAUGCUGAUGGACAAACUUGGAGCCCAGAAGGUUCUGGAAGAUGAGAGCGAUGUCAAGCAACUCUGGCUGCAGCUGAAGGACGAACCUCAUUUACUGUCCAACUUCGAGGAUUUCCUGGCCAGUAUCUUCUCCCAGCUCCAAGAAGCCCAUGAGGAGAAGAAUGAACUGGAGUGUGCCCUCAAAAUGAAAAUUGCUGCUUAUGAUGAAGAAAUCCAGCAUCUCUAUGAGGAGAUGGAGCAACAAAUCAAAAGUGAGAAGGAGCAGUUUCUCCUGAAAGACACGGAGCGGUUUCAGGCCCGCAGUCAGGAACUGGAACAGAAGCUGUUAUCUAAGGAGCAGGAGCUGGAGCACCUCAUCCAGAAGCAGAAACGGCUGGAAGGCCAGUGCACAGCCCUGCAUAAUGACAAGCAUGAAACCAAGGCUGAGAAUACCAAGCUGAAACUCACGAACCAGGAGCUGGCCCAGGAGCUGGAGCGGACCUCUCGGGAGCUGCAGGAUGCCCAGCAGCAGUUGGAAAGCCUCCAGCAAGAGGCCUGCAAACUCCACCAGGAGAAGGAGAUGGAAGUGUACCGUGUGACGGAGAGUCUGCAGCGGGAGAAGUCCGGGCUCCUGAAGCAGCUGGAUUUCCUGAGGGAAAGGAACAAACACCUUCGGGAUGAACAGGACAUAUGUUUUCAGAAAGAUAAGGCAGCCAAGGCAAACACAGCUGCCCCCAAAGCAAGCUGGAAACAGAGAUCUGGCUCUGUGAUAGGCAAAUACAUGGAUGGCAGAGGGAUCCUUACAAGCCAGUCAGAAGAGGAAGAAGAAGUGUUUGGCAUUCCAAGGAGGAGAAGCUCCCUGGGCCUGAGUGGAUAUCCCCUGACAGAAGAGGAGCCAGGAACCAGGGAGCCAGGGUCUGGGGGUCCGCUCUCCCGGGCCCUCCGCAGAAUCAUCUCCAUUGAAGAAGACCCCCUGCCCCAGCUCCUGGAUGGCGGCUUUGAGCAGCCGCUAAGCAAAUGCCAAGAAGAGGGGGAGGUCUCCGACCAGGGGAUGGAAGGACCAAUCCAGCAAGCCCAACCUGUGAAACUCACGCCCGCUUCUCCCCGAGGACAGCCUGUUGGGAAAGAAGCCCUGUCGAAGGAGGAAGGCUCUCCCUCCACCCCAGACCGGCUCUUCAAGAUUGUGUUUGUGGGCGACUCCGCUGUCGGGAAGACAUCCUUCCUGAGGAGGUUCUGUGAGGACCGGUUCUCCCCUGGCAUGGCAGCCACCGUGGGCAUUGAUUACCGUGUGAAGACAGUGCGUGUGGACGACUCGCAAGUGGCCCUGCAGCUGUGGGACACGGCCGGGCAGGAGAGGUAUCGUUCCAUCACCCAGCAGUUCUUCAGAAAGGCAGACGGUGUCAUCGUCAUGUACGACCUCACAGCCAGGCAGUCCUUCCUGUCUGUCCGGCAGUGGCUGAGCAGCGUGGAGGAAGCUGUGGGAGACUGCAUUCCUGUUCUUCUGCUGGGCAAUAAAAUUGACAACGAGAAAGAGCGGGAAGUCCCACGAAGCCUUGGAGAGCAGCUCGCCAAGGAGAACAACCUGAUCUUCUAUGAGUGCAGUGCCUAUUCCGGUCACAACACCAAAGAGUCCCUGCUCCAUCUGGCCAGGGUCCUCAAGGAGCAAGAAGACACAGUGAGGGAGGACACCAUUCAGGUUGACCGCCCUGCCAAGAAGAAAUCCUGCUGUGGCUGACAGGAGCCUCCUAGGACUGCUCCACCCAGGCCUGAGGUCACAGGACCCACCCUGAAUCCUGCACGCAGGCUCCUGCCAGAUGCCCUCACCAGGGCCUGCCCAGACCUUUGUCCUUGUCAGUGACUUUCCUCCCCCAAAGGAAUGGAAGCACACCCAAUCAGGAGAGCUGCUCUUGGAGCAUCUCGGGGUCUUUUCUCUCCCUUCUCUCUCUAGACCCCAGAUGCCCAUUCCUUUUUUCCCAGCUUGGUUUCCUGGGGGUAAAGAAACAGAUGGGCUUUUCCAGAAAAGCCACCACAUGUCUUCUCCACCUCCCUUCUCCUCCCCUUGCCCUUAGGAGCCUCAGCACUGCAGUUGCCAUGGCAACUGUGU